AUGGCCGGCGCAGCCACGCCUGGCGCACCGGCGCUGCUAGAAUCGACCUCCCACAUUCCAAUUGCACAGCUCACUCCCACGCUCGAUGCGCCGUCGUCGAGAUCUGUUAGGGCGAUAGUAACACUUUCAUGGCCGUACAGCUCCGCCACAGGCUCCGUGGCCUUCCUCCUGGCAGAGCCUGAUUUUCGGUUGCGCCGUUCUAAGGGCCAGGUGCGCGUCCAGUUCGCAGGGUCCAGUGCGAAAGUCGUCGCGAAAGCUGGUAUCGCUAGUGGGGAUGAGGUGGUGCUCUGCUUGGAUGGUGUGGAAUGGCUACCUGAUGAAACUGCGGAUUUAGCACCCGGUCGUGGAGUGGAGUUCGAGUUGAAGUUUACAGAGAGGCUACUCCUCCAGUUUAGACAGGAAGGAUCCGAGAAACACGAGUUAAUUGAUAUUGAUCAUCCCACACCAGAGCCAGAGCCAGCGCCUUCUAUCUCGGAGAGAAUUCCCUCGCCCGAAUCGCCGAUAUCUCCCCCUGCGGCUUUCUAUCCCAAUCAUACUUCGGCUCAGCCUGACGUGGUCUUGAGAAAUGGGGACGAGUGGUCAUCUCCUGCAUUUAUUAAACGUGCAAGAACAUCCUAUGGUUCCCUUUUCGACACAGGCUAUGAUCCAUUCGCAGAGGAGGACGGGACCAUACCUGGAAAGGGAAGAAAGAGGACCAGAUUGAGUUCGGUGUGGAGGUAUAGCAGUCGAUCUCCGAGCCCCGAACCAGACGAAGAAUCUGUCCGGACAUCGUCAGAACCUGCCGCCGCACCGUUGACGGCUGACGAGGGCAGGCAGACCACCGGGCUUCAGGCUGGGGAUGCCGCAGAGGUACCGGCCGAUUCCUCAAGACAAGUCACAGAUGGAGACAUGACAUCAAGGAGUGAUGAGGCUCUUAUUGCCGAGGAUGCAGCACAUCUUCAGUACGAAGCUCGUUCGUCGCCAAGUCGUAAUGGUGCGAUGUCACCGCCAGCGAUACAGGCAUCCCUUGACUCGAAUAAGGUUAGUUCUUCACAGCAGGACCAAAUGCAAGAAAUAGAGUCUUCUCAGGCACCCCUUUCACCUCAACUCAAAUCCUUCUCUUCUGAUGCACUACCUUUGGUCUCGCCACUCGUCACAUCUAAUUCCGGUCUCUUCACACAAAGUGGUGAUGGAAUCCGGGAAUCGGCGCCAACCGUCGGUAGCUUUGGAGCUCUACAUGAACAAGAGCCAACUCAUCAUUCCGGGGAUGAGCACGAGGCUGUCUAUGUGGGCGGUCACGGUGAAAGUGAACAACACCCUCCCGAACUCCAAACCUUCCAACAUCCAGAAACUGCUAUGAACGAAGGAGAAAACUCGGGUCACGGGGGCCAAUUCCCUUCUGAGAAUCAAGAUGGCCAUUGGAUGACUGUAAAUGCUCAGUUAAGUCAUUCUGAGUCCUCCUAUAAAGAUGCGAAUGAGACCAGAGAAGAGCAAUCUGAGCGUUUAGAGGAAGAAGAUGAUGGUGAUGAAAACGAAGAAGAGCCAGAGCAACAUGAGACCGGCGGUUUUACGUUUUCGCAGUCUGAGGCGCCUCGCUAUCAACACUAUCCUGAAUUGGAUGAUGGAUUACAUGGCCAGUCUGCUAACAGCUCCUGGGCGCUUGGUUCUGCAACUGUCGCUUAUCCGGACUUGCCAGAACCUGACGACAUGAAGAGACAUGCUGUUGAUGAAAUCCCACAUCCUCAAUCUUCUACCAUGCCACAAUCCCAAAGUUCACAGUCUGCGGUGGUGGAUCUAACGGAAGACGAAGACGAAGGAGAGGGACAGGAUGCAAAUGAAGAUUCGGUCGAUGAGGAGGGCAAUGAAAGCUCCGUUGAGAGUUCACUGGAAGAAGAAGCUACAAUGCAAGACGAAUCUGCUCGCGGUCCAUACACUUAUGAUGAAACACAUAUGGACGAUGAAGAUGCUUCAGUUGGCGCAGAAGAAGUCUAUGAUGAAUACUAUUCUGGAGAUGAUAACUAUCAAGAUCGCUAUCACGAAGAAGAAUACGAUGAUGAGGAUGAGGAUGAGGAAAGCUAUGACGAAGAAAUGGAUGUUGACGAAGCUCAGUCCAGACCCCCGGUACAAACAGCACCCGUGGUCAUAGAUCUGCUCUCCUCCGACGAUGAAGACGACGGGGGGGCAACUACACCGAAACCUACCAUUUCAACUUCUCAGCCCCCUAUGCCCCCUGUACAACAACCUGAAGCCGAAGACCAUUCCUCUGAGGAGGAUGAAGAAAGCGAAUCGGAUAAGAGUAGUGCUGAGGAAGGAAUGGACUCUACCGAUGAUGUGCCCUAUGCACAGCGGUCCGAAUUGCAGACUAUCGCCCCACAACGCUUCACAAGAGAAUCUUCUGCAGAAGAUGAGGAGGAUGCCCCUUCCAUUGUCGAUCAUGAUGAUGAUGGGCAUGUUGAGAUGGAGGAUGAGAUAGACGAAGAAUCCGAAAGAAGUUCAGGCUAUGGAAGCGGACAUACAGGGAGAACAGUAGGUAACGAGGAGGCCGAAAUCGCUCCCUCUAAGGCGUCGCCCGUGGAUGGAGAGUUUCUUGACCAGUCUGAGGCUGGUAAGUCAACGGAGGCGCCUCAGAUAUCUGAGCCGGAGCAAAUGGAAGAGGACGAGCUGCCCGAGGAUAAUGCUAAAGUCUCAGAAGCUCAAAAAGAAGAUAACAAUGUUCCGGAUAGUGAGAAUAUGAGUCGGACGCCACCCCACGACGAUGACUCCACGGUCCCAAUUGAGCAAAAUCCGGCCAAGCAUGGAGCUACCCAAGGCGUGGAAAAUGCAGGGGGAGAGUCAACCCCUGGAGAGCAGCCGUCGCUGUUUUCCAGAAUAUUCAAUCUGGAUGGUGCCAACGAUGAAACUCGAGCAGAGGUCUCUCACCAUGUCUUACCCAAUGAUGGAACCACGAACCCUCCUGCUACAACUUCUACAUUUGAGCCGAAUCAAGACGUGGCUACUCCACGGGAUCAAGUCUUGGCGCAAGACGAUGUCCAACUUCCAACUCCUGAUGAUACGCAGUUAUCACAGUUGAAAGAAUCCCAACGAGAUUCGUCUUUCUCAUCAGGCUUACCACCCUCUGCAGAUUCGUCGGAAGGUUCCACAACGGCAAUGCACGUUGAUCCGAACCUGGAGAACGAGGUCAACCCCAUCCUCGAAGAGCAAAAAACAGUAUUAGACAAGCCUAUGGAAACAAAAGAAACCGAGAGCCUUGAGACUGAAACCAUCACUGUGGAGACGUCCAAAAACAGGAUCGACGGAGAAGUCGAGGGCCCACAGAGUGAACAGGUAGCAGAUGUCGCGGUUAUUGAAGCGCAUACUCCGAGCCCACCCCGCGGUGAGCAAAAUGAGCUAACUAUAUCGGGUUUCGACAAUCGCAUCGAAGAUCCUGAGAAGACCAUUCGAUUCAGUCCCAGGAGAAGUCAACGCAUUGGGAAGUCGUCUGGAUCAGCACCUGAGAUAGCAGAGAUCGUGCGCCCGCGCACACCGGACAAUCCUCACACUGAAGGAGAGCCUGGGAGUAGACAGAAAGAGGAUUGGUCGCCAAUUAUCCUGGAUAAUCAAACCACGCCGACGGGACAUGAUGCGAGUAUCGAAAUGGCACUAUCAGCUUUGGACUCCCCCCGGAAGCAACAUGAUGAUCUUCCGAGAACACCUGUCACCGAUCUCAAGUUACGCCUCACUCGAGCUCUACGAAACGAUCUCAGCGAAUUUACUGCCCUGAAAGUGCUUCGAUAUAAUCUCCUUAAAAAGCUCGACGUUUUGGCAAUAGCGACGACGACUCCGGCAGAACCGCAACGGGCCAAAGGUGGGCCACGGCAUUACCAGAUAACCUUCAACAUCACCGACCCAACGAUCGCUCCUAGCGUUGUCACGGAGGUUCAGAUAUACCGACCCUACAAGGAAGCUUUGCCUGUUAUUGAUGCCGGCGAUGGUAUUUUACUUCGAAACUUCCAAGUUAUUGCGAUCAAGAAUAGGGGAUUUGCCCUCCGUUCCGAAUCCAAUGAGGCUAGCAGCUGGGCUGUUUUCAAGAAUGGCGAGGAUGAGGCGCAAGUACGUGGACCGCCUGUGGAGUAUGGCCCUAGCGAGAAAAAUCAUAUUGUUUCUAUGAAGGAGUGGUACGGUGCUCUAGAUUCAGUAGCUAUGACGAAGCUAAACAGGGCGAAUGCGGACAAAGGUUAUGGAGUUGAUAAAGGCAUUGGGAAGGAGGGUUAA